GCGCCUUGAAAGGCAAACUUUACACCAAUGUACAUUUAAACUAUUUGUUAAAAGCAUAAGUUUAUUGACAAGGUUAUUUACAACUUGGAUGAGGGUGAAUUAGACGUUGAGAUUUUUUAUACAGGGACAAUUUGUUGAGGUUAUAUUGUGAAACGAAGCCAAUUGUAAACCGGAAAGUCUAUAUAAUUAGUUGCUCUUGUAAAGUUGACUUAUUUUAUAAGUGUACAUAUCACACCCAGUGGUCAUAUUCGGAGCAAAAUGCAGGAUUACGAACAUUUAUUUGGUUGUGAGGAACUAAAGAGGUGCCAAAAUGUUGGACCCUGAGAUGAACGUCCCUCAAACUGAUUGUUCAUAUACAGCGGACCAACCGAUACUCGUUCCCCAAAAUACGAUGAUGUCAUUGGAAACAAUGGACAAGAACCACAGCUUCCUCGGCUCAAUGGAGGACAUGUUAAAGGAAAUAAACACGGGGGUUACAGAGGGUACAAAACAGAUGGAACAGACGAUCGACAAAUAUAAACCAGAAAAGAAAAAAAAGAAAAAUGAAAAGGCAAAGAAAAUGAAAAUAGUAUUACCAGAGGACAAUAAUGGGAUUAGUGAUGCGGAAUCGCAUUUACCUGGAAUUGACAAUGAAGAAUUUGAGACUCAAAUGGCUGCGAAAAAAUACGAAAUGGAUUUGAUGUGGGCAGAGAAUCAACGAUGGCGGAAAGAAAUGGAAACGAGAAGACGCGAAGCUUUGAAAAGAAUGAUACAAUUGAAGAGACAAAAAGGAGAACGAAUGUUGACUACACUAAAUCAUUUUACUAAUGGUGAAUUUGAUGAUGACUCCAAACAAGAAAUUAAAAAUAUUCGAGAAUUAAGUGACAUCGACAAGGCCUGAAGUGUUAAAAGAAAUAUGUAAUUGGUCACACCUUUUUAUUAAACAGGCAAUGCGCCUAUUUUUGAAGGAAAAGGGACAAAAUAUUAUUUGAGACAUGUUACUCACACAGUCAAUCAAAUAUGAUAAAACUUUAAUUUUGGUCAAUACUGAAGUGAAAAAA